CAUCGUCUUCCACCAACGUAUAGCAUUUCCAUAUCAACAAUUCUCGAACAAGGACAAGUUUGCUACAACACAAAACUUCCAUCAUGUCUGACCAACAACAGAAGAAGCAAGGCGUAGGAGGCAUCCUGGGCGGCUUGACCGACACAGUCGGCAACACAGUGGGCGGCGUCACGGACACCCUGGGCAACACCGUCUCCGGCGUCGGCGAGGGCGUGGGCAAGACCGUGGGCGGAGCCACUCAAGGCCUCGGUGACACCACCAAGGCGGUGGGCAAUACCACUAAAUCUACUACGGAUUCGAUCGGUGGUAAGAAGCAGACCGCAGACAACCCGCUGGGCCUGUAGUCGUAUCGCAUUGGCGGCACAGAUUGUGGUAGCUUGAGGAACAGUUCUGUGGGUGGUGUUCACAAUACAAGCACGUUCUAACAAGCGAUUUGACCUAAGCUUAACUACCG